CGUGCGCGUCUGGCCUCCCUCCCUCCUCUUGGCUUUCCUUGCUAAAUAAAGCAAGUAGCAGAUAGGGGAAAGUCUGCUCGCAAGUUGCAUCCAAGAAAAGCCAUCCCCCUCUUCCCACAAACGCACACACAAACACAAGAAGCAUCAUUCAUUUCCAGGCCCUCUCCUCCUCCCUUUGGGAAACCUGCUGCUUUUGAGCUUUCUUCUUCGAGAGCUCCCACCAGAUUUCCUCCUCCCCCCUUAUUACCUUCUUUGGCUUGGCGCGGAGAUCCUGCCGCCGCCGCCGUCGUCGACCUAGCUCUUGUUGGAGGGCCACAAUCUGAUCGAGAGAGAAGGUCAAGAUGGGGAGGGGAAAGAUUGUGAUCCGCAGGAUCGACAACUCCACGAGCCGGCAGGUGACCUUCUCCAAGCGCCGGAACGGGAUCUUCAAGAAGGCCAAGGAGCUCGCCAUCCUCUGCGAUGCGGAGGUCGGCCUCAUGAUCUUCUCCAGCACCGGCCGCCUCUACGAGUACUCUAGCACCAGCAUGAAAUCAGUUAUAGAUCGUUACGGCAAGGCCAAGGAAGAGCAGCAAGUCGUCGCAAAUCCCAACUCAGAGCUUAAGUUUUGGCAAAGGGAGGCAGCAAGCUUGAGACAACAACUGCACAACUUGCAAGAAAAUUAUCGGCAGUUGAUGGGAGAGGAUCUUUCUGGGCUGAAUGUUAAAGAACUGCAGUCCCUAGAGAAUCAGUUGGAAACAAGCCUGCGUGGUGUCCGCGCAAAGAAGGACCAUCUCUUGAUAGAUGAGAUUCACGAAUUGAAUCGAAAGGCAAGUUUAUUUCACCAAGAAAACACAGACUUGUACAAUAAGAUCAACCUGGUUCGCCAAGAAAAUGCUGAGUUACAUAAAAAGAUCUAUGAGACUGAAGGACCAAGUGGAGUUAAUCAGGAGUCACCGACUCCAUUCAACUUUCCAGUAGUAGAAACCAGAGAUGUUCCUGUGCAACUUGGACUCAGCACAUUGCCACAACAGAAUAACAUUGAGCCAUCGACUGCUCCUAAGCUAGGGUAUAACAUUUAUUCUCUAUUCUCUCUAUAUAUUUCAAUUCGUUAAUAGUGUUGGCUACAGUGAUAUAAUGAAUUGCUAAACACAUGCAGAUUGCAAUUAAGUCCAUGAAGAAGAGUAAAACUGCCGUCUUAUGAUGCUGAAGGAAACUAUUAUUUAUUGUAAAGAGAUGAUACUCAGAGCAAGACAUAUUUGUGAGAGGGGGAAUUGAGAUAUGAACUUGUAAAUUUUAUGCAAAUAAUUUCCAGACUGGAAUUGGGCAGUGAAAUUCGGAGGAUGAUUGCUUUCUAGUUGCA